AUGGACACCAAAAUCCUCGCUGCUUCAGACAAGCACCCGAAGCCCGCAGACCGGGUGUUUCAAUAUGGCACUGCGGGGUUCCGAAUGAAAGCUACCCUCCUCGACAGUGUAGUUUUCCGCGUUGGUCUGGUCGCAGCUCUUCGAUCCCGUAAACUUGGUGGACAAACAAUUGGUGUUAUGAUCACAGCUUCCCACAAUCCGCCAGAGGACAAUGGUGUCAAGCUCGUGGAUCCAAUGGGGGAGAUGUUGGAGAACUCAUGGGAGGCAUACUCAACGGAGCUAGCCAAUGCAAAAAACGAGGAUGUCGCCAAGGUGUAUAAGAGCUUGGAGGAGAAGCUGAAGAUCAAUCCUGCGACGCCUGCGAGAGUCAUCUAUGCUAGAGAUACCCGACCAAGUGGACCAAAACUGGCGCAGGCUCUGGUGGAUGCGCUUGAGGCUGCUGGUGCAGAAUACACGGAUUACAAGCUUCUCACGACUCCUCAAUUACAUUACCUGACGAGAUGCACGAAUACGGAGGGAACACCACAAAGCUACGGAGAAGUCAGUGAGAAGGGAUAUUAUGAGAAGUUGGCUGCGGCAUUUGUGCGGGCUAUGAAGGGAAAGAAGACGGUCGGGCCAGUCACUGUUGACUGUGCCAACGGUGUUGGAGGACCAAAGUUAGCCGAGCUCUUGAAAUACCUGCCAAAGGCAUCCGAGGGUGUUGAGAUUAAGAUUCUCAACGAUGAUGUCCUAAAGGCGGAAGUAUUGAACCAUGAGUGCGGCGCGGACUAUGUCAAGACAAAGCAGAGAGCACCUCCAUCUUCGAAAGCUGGACCGAAUGAACGAUGCUGCUCAUUAGAUGGAGACGCAGACCGAAUCAUCUACUAUUUCAACGAUCCAGAGCACGGUUUUCGCCUUCUUGAUGGAGACAAGAUCGCUACUCUGGCAGCUUCAUUCAUUGGAGAUCUAGCUCGCGAAGCAAGACUCUCAGACGAACUGAAGAUUGGCGUCGUUCAAACUGCAUACGCAAAUGGGGCCUCAACCAAAUAUGUCGAGAAGUCCCUCGGCCUCCCAGUGGUGUGCACGCCCACCGGAGUAAAGUGGCUUCAUCACGCAGCCACCAAAUUUGAUGUCGGUGUUUACUUCGAAGCUAACGGUCACGGAACUGUUGUCUUCUCCCAACAAGCCCUCAAGGCGUUCAAGACCAAGGAGCCCGAAUCUCCAGCCCAAGCCCAAGCACUCGAAACACUCCGUGCCCUUACAGACCUCAUCAACCAAACCGUUGGUGAUGCCCUCUCAGACAUGCUCCUCGUCGAAACAAUCCUUGCACACAAGUCCUGGACACCACGUGAAUGGGACCUCACCUACGUCGACCUACCCAAUCGCCUCGUCCGCGUAGAGGUCGGUGACAGGAAUCUGUUCAAGACGACUGAUGCAGAGCGCAAACUGGUUGAGCCUCAGGGAUUGCAGGAGCAAAUUGAUGCGUUGGUGAAGAAGUUCAAGGAUGGGAGGAGUUUUGCUAGAGCUUCUGGGACGGAAGAUGCGGUUAGAGUGUAUGCCGAGGCGGCGACGAGGAGUGAGGCUGAUGACCUGGCGAGCAAAGUUGCGGGUUUCUGUAGGCAGGAGGGUGGUGCGAAGUAG